UUUUAAAUAUCUGCACCAAGUGCAAAAAAGCGUUAAUGUUACCCCCACUUCGUUAGAAAUUAUUGCGUCAUCUAACAUGGCUUCCAUCUUACAAAUAAUUAAAGUCAAUAAAAACUCCAAGAUAACCUAAAUUGUUCAUUUUAGUAAAAGAGAUUCGAUAACAAUUUCAUUGAUUUUAAAUUUAAUCCGGGUAAAGUGUUUUUUCGGGCACGUUUUUUAUUCUCGGAACGGUGAACCGUUCGAAGAUUUAAAUUCUUAUCAGAACGACUACGUGGAUCAGUUGUGUCGCGGGUCUCUUUCCCCCAAAAGAUGAUGCGCCGAGUACCGAAGUGACCCCGGCGUCAUUAGUACGCUCGUUGUCCUAGAACAUUGUACGUUAGUCCGAGAGCAGGAGAGGAACAAGACUGACGGUCCUGGCCGAGCGAUCUGGAAAGAUCAGGUUUCUUUCUAAUCAUCUCGCGAGGACAUCGCGGACCACUCGGCGGACAAUGGCAACGACCUCUUCGACGGAACGUCCUGACUUAUUCGCCGCAGCGGCGAAGAGUGUCUUCGACGCGCGCUCCCUCGUAAGGAUUCUCCGCGCGUGUGUCCGCUAGACUCACCGGAACUCUCAGGUUUUCUCAACGGAAUGUACAGGACCGAAAAUCCAUAAAGCUCAGCACAGCGGAGAAGGGGCGGCUGUUGUGUAGCGUGUAAUGAGUGAUAAGCAGAUCACACCUACGCUGCCGCCCCUUACCGGGGGUGGAGGAAACAAUGUGGGAAGCAACGGAGGUGCGUCCCAACAGUCUGUUAGCUUGCAACAAGUGCUUGCUAGUGCCCAAGGACUCAAUGUACUCUCAACGAGCUCCGGACAACAGUUCGUCAUUACAUCCCAGGUUCCGGGACUCACGCAGGUCAUAUCGAACAGCGCGACGACAAAUGCAGGCGUUCAACAGAUCGGUGUUACGAGGAUCGUCAACAUCGGGGGCACAUCGCCACGUGUCAGCGUGGUCGGUGUUGCCAGUGCGAGUGGUUCUCCUCUCGUAUCUCCGACAAGACAGACUCCGACAAAAGUCGUCCUGGCCACCUCUCCAAAACUGGUCCGGACGACUAUGGGAAAUAUGUUUGUCACACCGCCGUCUCAAUCCUCCGUGCAAUCACCUCCUGCGAGAAAAAGACUUAAACUGGCAGAGACGACCGAGAAGGUGACAGCCAUAGACGACACUGUGGGCUACCGACGGCGCAUCAUGGAGCACAAGAUGAAGAGAAUGCGUGCAAUCAGAGAGAAAUACGCGGAAAACGCGUCGGAAUUAUUCUUCCUCCAUGCCGGAGGGAACAUGAUGGACUUCCAAAGCUGGAGGAAAAGGCCACCCACGCCCCAAUAUCUGCACUUUUUACGACAACAUCGUCUCGAUCCGGAGGAUGACGAAGAAGACCUCACCGCACCUCCACCUCCCAUGCCUGAUGUCUCAUCACCUACGGUUGUCACAACUACGACGGUCUCUUCGGUCGUACCUUCGAGUUCGAGUGCUGAAGUCAAGAUCUCUGGUAUCGGCAUAACUCCUGUUGCUGUGUCAACUACCUUGCCUGCUGCCGUAGCCCAGCUUAGCCAACAAGGGGGUACUCCGAUAGUUCCAGAACCACCGAAACCCAUUUCUGCUGUACCCGUAAGCCCCGUAGCAGACAAAAGUCCAUCAGCUAGUACAUCUGCGAAACCACCAGCACCUGCAAUCGCUACAUCUCAGCCUGUAGUUAAACUCGUGAAGCUGUCGGCCAAUUCAGCUGCAUCUUCCUGUGAUAUCCCGAACAAUCAAGAGCAGAUAGUUGAAAAAGCGAAGCAGGAGGCAUACGUAAUGCAGAGGAUUUCCGAACUGCAGAGGGAAGGUCUAUGGUCCGAAAGGAGGUUACCAAAAGUACAGGAGCCAUCUAGGACGAAAGCUCACUGGGACUACUUACUCGAGGAGAUGGUGUGGCUGGCCGCAGAUUUUGCCCAGGAGCGCAAGUGGAAAAAGGCUGCUGCUAAGAAAUGCGCUAGGAUGGUUCAGAAACAUUUCCAGGAGAAGGCGAUCCAGGCUCAAAAAGCUGAGAAGUCGCAGGAGUUGAGGUUAAAGAAGAUCGCCGGCUUCGUCGCCAAGGAAAUUAAAACCUUUUGGACGAAUGUCGAGAAGUUGGUGGAGUACAAACAGCAGACGAGGCUAGAGGAGAAGAGGAAGAAAGCGCUGGAUCAGCAUUUAAACUUCAUCGUCGGUCAAACCGAGAAGUACUCGACGUGGUUGACGGAAGGUCUUAACAAAACGGAUGGCACUCAAAGUGUCUCCGCCUCUAUGAACAGUUCUCGCAUUUCGUCUCCAAUAACGGCAGGAAAGCAACACUCCGAUGACGAAUUCGAGCCGAAUCAAAGCUCGGAUGAUGACGAGGAGACAAUAGCCAAAGCGGAAGAGGAGAUGAAGUCCACGACGAAUCACAAGGAAGAGGUGGAACUCCUGAAGAAGGAAUCCGAAAUUCCUUUGGAGGAUCUUCUGAAGGACCUACCGCCGAAUUAUUUGGAGGAACGGGAUAAAAGUUUGUCACCCGCUCCAAAGGAAACGGUAGAGGUGGAAAAUGAAAAGUCAGUCGAUGGAGAUUCAGAAUUCAUGGUGGCCUCCGAAGAGUCCUCGGACGAUGAGGAUACUAUCAUGGAACAGGAAAAACUAGAGGGCAAUGACGAUCACAAGCAAGAACUCGACGAUCUUAAGGCUGAAAAUGAAAUGUCCAUCGAUGAGUUAAUGGCCAAGUAUGGCAGUAUACCCGAUGACUCCAUGGAAGUCGAUGGAGACACCGACAGAGAGUCCGUGAAGGAGUCUGAUAAAGAGGAAGAGAAUGAGAACGAGGAACAGAGUGAGAGUGAGAGCGAAAGCGAGGACGAGACUAAAGGCGAGGACUCGCAAACGCAGAGUGACAGCGAAGCUGGGGUUGGUCUCAAGUCGCUUCUCGAAGACUUGUCCACGGAGAAGGCUAAAGAAAACAAGGUUGCAGAUACUAGUCAGACCGAAACACGCAAUGAAAUGGACGACGUUGCUGCUCUCGCCGAAAGUAUACAGCCCAAAGGGAACACGUUAUUGACCACCAGUGUUGUGACGAAGAUUCCGUUCCUUCUGAAGCACCAGCUACGUGAAUAUCAGCACAUCGGCUUGGACUGGCUCGUCACCAUGUACGAUAGGAAAUUAAAUGGCAUUCUAGCCGAUGAGAUGGGUCUGGGUAAAACCAUCCAAACUAUCGCUCUCCUGGCACAUCUAGCCUGUGAAAAAGGAAACUGGGGCCCUCAUCUCAUCAUUGUCCCUACGUCGGUCAUGCUCAAUUGGGAGAUGGAGUGCAAAAAGUGGUGCCCUGGCUUCAAGAUCCUGACAUACUACGGCACUCAGAAAGAGAGAAAACAGAAGAGAACAGGGUGGACGAAGCCGAACGCUUUUCAUAUAUGCAUCACAUCGUACAAGCUUGUUAUUCAAGACCAUCAGAGCUUCAGACGAAAAAAGUGGAAGUACUUGAUCCUGGACGAAGCCCAGAAUAUUAAGAACUUCAAGUCACAGCGCUGGCAACUGUUGUUAAAUUUUCAAACGCAACGACGGCUGCUAUUGACCGGCACGCCCUUGCAGAACAAUCUCAUGGAGCUCUGGUCGUUAAUGCACUUUCUCAUGCCAAAUGUGUUCCAGUCGCACCGUGAGUUCAAGGAGUGGUUCAGCAAUCCCGUCACUGGGAUGAUCGAGGGGAACAGUGAAUACAACGAGAACAUUAUUCGACGUCUGCACAAGGUAUUGCGGCCGUUUCUGCUGAGAAGAUUAAAAACUGAAGUGGAGAAACAGUUGCCGAAGAAGUACGAACACGUUUUGAUGUGCCGACUGUCGAAGAGACAGCGAUACCUCUACGAUGACUUUAUGUCACGGGCCAAAACGAAGGAGACGCUGGCAAGCGGCAAUUUGUUGAGUGUCAUCAACGUCUUGAUGCAGCUUAGAAAAGUGUGCAACCAUCCGAACCUCUUCGAGGUACGGCCGACGGUGUCGCCAUUUCAGAUGGAAGCUAUUGAAUUCGUUACUGCAUCAUUGGCGUGGAGUGCUCUAGACUACGACCCUUUCAAGCAUGUCGACUUGGAUGCUUUGAACCUUCGGGUAGUUAAUCUGGAGAGGACUCACACUGCCUUUGUAGCGCACAGGGUGAGGCGUAUUCAAACUCCUCGAAGGCUGAUAGAAGAAUUGGACUCGCAGCCAGACCCACCGCCAAGAUGUCCAGCAGGAAAGAUCAAGAUCAACGUGAGGCUGUCGAAUCAGGCAAAGUCAACGACCACUCCACCGCAGAAUCAGUCGAAGCUGAAGAGCCUGGCCGGGAUUUUGCCAACACCUCGAGUGGGAACCUCUCCAUUGAUCAAGACUUUGAACAAUCAAAGUACCCCUGGUCAGGGCGUAACGUUGAGGGUCGCGGGAGGUCAGCAAUUGCAAGGUUACUCGGUGCAGCUGGUACAGCACCAAGGCAGUGUGAAAGCAAUUCCCGUGGGGACAUUGGCGCAUAAUCCUCAGAGCACCGCCACCGUGACACCUACCACGGCCGCAGGUGCGAACGCACAGAGGAUUACGGUCGGCAAUGCCAAUAUCAGGGACGGUCUGCAAAGGCUGGCGACGCAAACCGUGACGGUCAAGCAAGGCGAUUCCGUCCAAAGAAUAGCCGUGCCCAGCUUUGCCCAGCUGGUGCAGACCUCCACCGGCAGGCAUAUCAUUUUGACGUCUAAUCAGCAAAGCACUAACACAGUCUCCUUUCCUGUGAUGACAUCCAGUGGCCAACGGCUGACUGUCUUGUCGAAGUCCCUGAUGGGACUGUCAACCUCUGGGGCUGCAGUGAACAAAGUCGUUGGGGGAGUUGUUACUACUGCGGCCAGUUCUGUUAGUGGUAGACCUGUAAUGAGAGUUCCUCCGUUGAAUGUCACCACCACUCAGGCACAUUCCGCUGGUAGCACUCCGUUGGCUCAGCAACAGCUACGCUGUGGAAUUGUUACCAGGAACUCGCAGAGGGAGACCGAGAAGAUUCAGAUAAAGGAACAGCCUAAGCCAGAAUUUUAUGUUCCCCAGCUUGAGGAGGAACGGAGACAACGGAGGCAGUCCAAACUGCAAACUCUAGCUAACAUCAAUGAAAGAAGGUGCGCUGCCUGUCCCCUUUAUGGUGAGGACCUCUUCACUGCUUUGAGAAUCGGAAAGCCUGCCGAAGGCUGCCAGUGGCACAGUGGCUGGAUGCAUUGUGCAUCAGCCAAGCAAUCGAUGCGAAGUAGAAGACAGUUCUUCUCUAGCACCGAAGCCCUGGCCGAGGCAAUCAGGUCUACAGAGAUGAUCGUUGAACAGCUGAAAGAAGCUUUCGAAAGGUUCGUAGUGUAUGUUCCUGCAGUUCGAGCACCGAGUCCUCGGUUCCAUGUCUCACACCCGCCGCCACAUAAAUUGUGGACCCAUCAGCGAUUGCAGACGGAACUGCAGCAUCAGUUAUCACCAAAGAUGGCUUUGUUCCAUCCAGUGGCUAGUGCGAUGGCAACCCAGUUUCCUGAUCCAAGACUGAUACAAUACGAUUGUGGGAAGUUGCAAUCCCUGGAUCGACUCCUUCGAAAGCUGAAGGCUGACAGCCAUCGGGUUCUUAUAUUCACCCAAAUGACUAGAAUGCUGGAUGUUCUCGAAGCAUUCCUCAAUUUCCAUGGUCACAUAUACCUACGACUUGAUGGCACUACUCGGGUAGAUCAACGACAGGUGCUGAUGGAAAGAUUCAACGGUGACAAGAGGAUAUUCUGCUUUAUCUUGUCGACCAGGUCUGGUGGUGUCGGUGUCAACUUGACAGGAGCAGAUACCGUUAUCUUCUAUGACAGUGAUUGGAAUCCAACGAUGGAUGCCCAAGCUCAAGACAGAUGUCACAGGAUAGGACAGACAAGAGACGUUCAUAUUUAUAGAUUGGUCAGUGAGAAAACUGUUGAAGAGAACAUUUUGAAGAAAGCCAAUCAAAAAAGACUGCUCGGAGACCUUGCUAUCGAAGGAGGGAACUUCACGACUGCUUACUUUAAGAGUUCUACCAUUCAGGAUCUUUUCAAUAUCGACCAAUCUGAGAACGAUGCUUCGACCCGAAUGGCUGAGGUUUUGGAGCAGAAUAGAGAUCGAGAGAAACACCUACAGAAAGAUUCAUCCGUUCUGUUAACUCCGUUAUCUCAGCCUGUAGAAGAGAAGGCUGCAAUGGGUGCGUUAGAAAAUGCUCUCGCAGCUGCCGAAGAAGACCUUGACGUACAGGCUGCAAAGACUGCGAAGGCUGAGGCAGUCGCAGAUCUUGCAGAGUUCGAUGAAAACAUUCCAUUGGACGAGGCUGACAAGGAGGACGCGCAGGUCAGCAAAGCAGAACAGGAAGUUCAGAAUUUAGUAUCACAGUUGACACCGAUAGAACGCUACGCAAUGAAGUUUGUCGAAGAGUCGGAGGGUACUUUCUCAGCUGCUCAGCUGGCUGCGGCUGAGAGGGAGCUGGAGCAGCAGAAGAAGGAAUGGGAGCUGGAUCGUCUAAGAGCCCUACGCGAGGAAGAGGAGAGACGCAUGAGGAUGGCAGACGACGACGAGAAGCCGCUGACGUUCGGGCGCGAGGAUGCGCAGAAUCAGGUUAAUAGCAGUAAUAGUAGCCCUAGGAAGUUAGUUAAUAAGAAAGCGCCACCGAGUAGGAGGAGCAUGCGUAGGUGCAGUAGUAAGAGCGUUCAAGAGUCGUCGGAGAGCGAGACCGAGACUACUACGGAGUCUGACUCCGAGUCUCAGGAGGACCUUGUCGGUGAUAGUCCUGACGAAGAGUCGAGUCAUACGGAGAGUCAGAGUCAAGGUGACGAGGAAGAAGAAGAAGAGGAAGAAGAGGAGGGCGAUAGUCAGAACGAGUCGGAGAGUGGAGGAUACUCUAGGAACAAGAAUCGCUCCAAGAGGUCUACCGAUAACAGCUGCUUCGAUUUGAACAGUCCACGCACCAGGUCCAGGGGCAACGUCAAGAUCAACCUCUGGACUCUGGACGUCAGCCCUAUUCUUCCUGGAGUUAAACCGAAGUAUUCUGUGGGCACGGGUCGACGUGGCAGGAGAGGACGAGGCAGAAGGGGAACUUUUGCUCAACCUCUUCCACCGAGUAGUCUGACGAGGAAAUUUGGCAACAUUCAUGCUCAUGAGUCGGAUAGUGGAAGUGAGAGUCUUCCUAAUUGUGUGAAGAAAUUGAGUGUGGAUGUUAACGAUCGACAGGAUGAUCUUGAUGAGACUACGUUAAUGAAAGUUAGUUCGGGUAAGAAGAAAACCACCUUGGAUGCCAUGAACAAACAGAGUGCUAUUGGAGAGAGUGGCAGGAAACAAGUCAACGAUAAGACUGUUUUGUGUAAAAGUGUAAAGUCAAUGGAAGGAGUCAAUGAAAACUUGAAUGAAGUGGGAAGCGUAGUAUUGUUUAAGGAUGUAUCCUCAGAAAGUGGUGACAAAAAUGAUUGUUCUUUGAAUGAUUCUCAAGUGGCUGCUUCUGAUGUGAACUCUGAGUUGGACACUGUCGGUGAAUCCUUUAAAAAUGUGAACGUAUCAGUUUCAAAGCAGAGUCAGGAUAGUACAAAUGUACAGAGUGUACAUACACCUAAAGUCAAAUGUAAAGAAAUAUUGAAUGCAAUCGAAAAUUCACAAAGUAUAAGCGAGGAACUGUCGGAUACAUCUAUUGAAAGUUCCGACUCACAGCUCAGAGAGAAAGACACAUCUAAGAAGAGUCUGAAAAUCGAUAAGGUAUUGCAAGCGGAUGGUUUAGAUAGUGAAAAGACUGCUGAUAAACAAGAGAACAAAUCUAUGCAAAUUGAAGUUAAAAAUAAAUUGGAUAAUCAUAAUGAUUAUACGAUAUCGAGCAACAGGGAUAGGAAACCAUUGGUGAAACUCAAUGUUACAUCAAAAUCCUGGACCGAGUUUGAGGAGAGCAUAUCGAUAUGUCAUCUAGUUCCGGAACACAUGGAUGACGAUGAAAUGUCUUUCGAUUUCGUGAGGGCAAUAGAAAUUUCCAGAGAAGGUUCUGUUUCGCCAGUCUUGAAAAAGACUCCGUACAUUGAUUUUAAAAUCAACAAAGACUCUGCAAGUACAAAUUCUAAAACUCAAAGUUUAAUUUCUAAGGUCGAGUUAGAAGCCACGUCAAAUCGCGCGAACGAAAAGAACGAAACGUUUAUAGAAUCAGAUGCCUUGAAGGAAUCUUCAAAGAAGACAGAAAUUUCGUCAGGAAACUCAAGAGAAGUGUCCGAAUCUUCUGCAGAGUCAAAUCUUUCGAAGGAAGAUUCUAAAGCAAUAUCCAAGUCUUCUUCCGAAGCGAGCGCACUGAAACAUAAUUCAAAAAUAGUAUCUAAGUUUUCUGAGGAACCAGAUACUUUGAAAGAAAAUUCUAAAGUAAUGUCUAAGCCUUCCUCAGAGCCAGUUCCCUCGAAAGAAAUUGUAAAUGUAUCUAAACCUUUAGAAUCGAACACUGCAAAAGAGAACCUGAAAGUAUCGUCAAAGUAUUCGACGGAGUCAAGUAAUUCAAAAGAAAAUUCUAAAACGUUGACGAAGUCAUCCGCUAUAGUUCUACAGAGAACGAAGACUGCUGUUCGAAGGCCUGCAACGGAACUGUGCACAAAUUUAAAGUUACGCAACGAAGAGGAAAUAGAGAUCACGUCAUUAAGGCCAGUGUCACCAUUGUACAUCACAGGAUCUGUUCAAAAACUGCAAAGUUUAAAGCUCAGUUGUACCCCAAACACAAAGUCAGACUCAACCGAUACUGAUUCUCUUUCUGAGGAUGAAGUACAAUCUGUCGGUACAGAAUCAUCAAAGAUGUCUGAGAAUACAAGUCCUCUGUCGCCAUCUUCUGCUCCGCAAUCUCCGACGGAUUAUUCCUCUCAUAUACUUUCUCCAGUGAAUUUGAAGGCUUUAAAAUUUCAAGAAGUAAUAGACAAAAGCAUAGUAAUUCCAGAUCAGCCUGAAGCCAGCUCUCUGGUAAAGAAUACAAAGAUCGAAGAUGCACCUGAGAAACCAGUGGUAUCAAUAGAUUCUGGUCAAAAAUCUGUUUUCGCUGUGCCUAGUAAUCUAGUUCCAGUGUCGACGAAGUCCAACAUUUGUCCAGAGUUCAAGUCUAGAUUCCGAAGGCCAGACACUCCGAUGCCUGGAGUAACUACCCGCAGAGGGAAACUGCAGCUUAAUUACGAUUUAAAAGUUAGUUUAGAAGCCAUACCUGACAAUAAUGACGUUGCAAAGAAUUUGCAAUCACAGAAAUCGAAUCCUUCGGGUUCUGCACAAGACUCUCGGAGAAUCACCAGACUUAGUGGGCCCCAAGUGGAUUCUCCAGCAGUGGAAGAUUCGAAUCUAAAAAAUAGUAAAACUGCUCUAAAGGCUUCACAAGGGCGAAAAGACACUAUGUCCCCUGCAGUGGAAAGGAUAACCAGGUCCAGUGCGAAUCGCCCAGCCACACCUCCGCAGCCAAUUGUUCAAAAUCAGAUGAAACCACCUUUCAGGAGGAGACCUGACACUCCGAUGCCGGAUGCUUCACAUAUGCUCAGACCGAUGACAAGAUCUGUUCGACAACUGGAUAUAUCUUCCCUGGUAGCUCUUCGGCCUGUGACCCGCAGCUCUAAAGUGACAUCUGAUAAUGGUUUUGUAGUUCCUCAACAGUACAGUAAAAGAAAUAAAUCAGCAUCCAAGGAGAUAUCGGAGGUCGACAGUGAAGCCACUUCCGAGUUGCUUAACAAAUCGGUUAAAAAGUCAUUAACAAAUACCAUCUCUCCAGAGGUGAACCCCAACAGUAGUUCCAACACUCCAACAAGGUCUUCGCUGUUCAGACGCAGACCUGACACACCGUUACCAAGUUCUGAACUCCUUUCCAGAGUGACCAGAUCUCGAGUGGAGCUGACUCAAUUAUCUUACAGAUCUCUUUCUCCAACUCUGAGGAACAAGCUCCUGAGGAAACAGAAUACAAACCCAGAAAGUGCAAUAACGUCGGAAACGAAGAACGCAAAAUCAGUGUCCAUAACUUCAUCGUCACUGAAAAAUGCUACGGUGGACACAGACUCGAAUGGGAAUUCUGUUGGCUCGGAGAACUUCUCCAAGCAUAACGAAAGGGAUCCUUUGGAGAACAACGAUAAACCCCAGCGUACUGCCAAAGUGGUAGCAAUCCUGACCCUGGACAAUCUGUCGAACAAGACUCACAGUUCCAAAUCGGUUUCGUCAUCGAUGCACGGUAAAAAGACUCCAGAAUCAGCAAAGAAGUCGCAAAGUGAGAAUACAAAGUCAAAGCUCGAAGAGUCUGGGAAGAGUGCGGGCCAGAUGUGUAGUGCAAAUUCAAGUAUGACCCAUGAAGCUCGGUCUGCUUCGGCCUCUAUUGGAACCAACUCUGUAUCGAACAAAGUGGACCCAAGUUCGAUCCAUGGUAGCAAGCUCGUAGUGUCUUUGACUUCGAUAAGUCCCAAACUGACAGCGGAGCUGGAAAGAGAAAUGAAGGACAAAAGGGCUUCGUCCCCUGCAAACUCAUCUGUGAUUACAGUGAUCGAUCUCAAUACAGAGUCUGACUUAGCUACGUCUCAGCUGACUACGAGGCUGAGGAAGAAGCAGAAGAGAACUCGUUAUUCUUCUCUGACAAAGUCCAUCGAGUCUGGACAACUGUCCUUAGACGAGGACGAAGGAAAAGCCCCUCCGAUGAAGAGGCCAGUUCGACUGGACCGAAGCCAGCCUCCGGAGAAGCUGAGGGGCAGCUCGUCAUCUUGAGUGUCGAUGAAGCUCAGCUGCUGCAACUUAGCCGAAGCCUGUGCGUAGACUGAAAAAUGGUUCUCCAAGGUUUGUGUUAAAGGAGUGCGAAGAGGAACUCCAGGAUUCUUUAGAUUUUUAAAUCUAGGAUUCAGGAUACGAAUUUCUUACCGUUCUGAGUGUCAAGCACUUUGAAGCGUUGACGACGAUACGUGGUAAACAAGGAAAUGAACAACUUUACGAGGAUGGACGUGAGGACACGAAUCGAGUGGUUCACAAGGCCCGUUCGCCUUCAAGGACCUCGACAGGAGAUGAAAGAAAGACGACACGAAACCUGACUCUCCGGAAACCCGACUCUUUCGAGAAGUAUUCGCACGAGCGAGCAAUUCUAAAUCUAUUUUUCGAGUUCUUCUCCGUAAGGAGCGCGCGGAAGAAACGGAAUCCUUGAUAAAGGCCCGUUCGCCAUCAAGGUCCUCCAAUUACCAGGGUCUCGCAGGAGUCCUUAGCUCCCGAAGAAGCUUCUCCGCAACGAGACUCGGCCACGCCUCGUGGACGCGAAAAAGAAACAAAAAAAGAAACACUAUACCCGAAAGGUGUACAAGAAACCUCGGAACAAAACUGGAACUCGACGAGCGCAGAAGGUCCUCGUAGUCCUUAAUUGGUCCGAGUCCUGUAAAUAUCUCGACGUAUUAAUUCUCUCCUCUCGCGCGGCGGCGACUUGGAGAGACGAUUUCGUUGUACCGGGUACAAUAAUGUAAUAUUUCGAUUAGCGCUGUAAACAGGCUAACGAGCACCCACGCGCAUACACACGUCCCCCUGUAAAUGUCCUUAGUUAACAUAGAUAAGGCCGUAUAUAAUUUAUAUUUCGUAUUAAGCGAGGAGACGCGACUGUAUUAUACUAGGACCCUAGAUAUAUAAGUAACGAAGGAUAUAACGAGAACGACUUCGCGUCCGGGCUUGAGAAUGAGCGAUACCAGUUAAACAGUUUAAUCGUACUCGAGUUUAGGGGAUUUAAGUAGGACUUUUAGAUUUUAACGAGGGAAGGAGAACGCUCCGCGUGCGAGGAGGAAAGCGAGGUUAGGAACGACGAGGAGGCGAAGUACAUCUCGGGCACGCACGGGGUUCGUCUCGUCCCCGAUCAUAUUUGUCGUACUUGCCGUUCAAAGUCAGAGCCAUUACAAACGACGGAGAUAUACGAUACCGUACACGUUUUCACACACACACACACACACACACACACACACACACACACACACACACACACACACACACACACACACACACACACACACACACACACACACGUACAUGCCCACGGAUAAAAAAAAGAAGAAGAAGAAUUGUAUCAUUAAGUUUGUGUGCCUGUAUUUUGUAUGACCGAGCGAGUCCGAGGGAAGGAAAUAAAUAUGAGAAUUAUUCCUCUUGC